AUGCCUCACAACGAACAUUCUAAGUCAUCGCCCAUUCUCGAUGUGACCGAGACGCUUUCAAUGCACAGCGAUCUGGAUAUGGAACUAGAGCCUAAUUUCAGCUUUUCCUCGGGCUCUGCGGCUGUGCCUCCAGUUCAUAAUCUACGCCUACCGAUACCCUUUCACGGACUAGGCGUGCUCAGUCCGACUAAGACAAACGGUGCUGCGCCCCAAUUGCCCGCCUUCGAGUACAUAGCACCUCCGAAUCACGCGCUCCAGAGCCUAGAAUUUCCACUGAUGGAGUUAAAUCGAGUGGCCAUGUUUCCUGGCUUUAUGCAGCGACGUCCGCGUGGCGAGAAACGACCCAUACCCGAUGCUCAAAAGGAUGAGAAAUAUUAUGAGAGACGCAAACGCAAUAACGAGGCGGCUAAGAAAUCACGGGAUGCUCGCAAGAUCCGUGAGGAUCGCAUAGCCUUUCGGGCAGCACUGCUCGAGCAGGAAAACUCUAUAUUAAGAGCACAGGUGCUUGCCUUGCGAGACGAACUCCAAACAGUAAGACAGCUGCUUGGUGCGACUGGUGGCGGCCUGCUGGGCGUGGCAAGACAAAUUUAG